ACUCUCAAACUCGCGCGAUCUGCAUAUGCCGAUCUCCUCAUCUCUCUCAAACCAGGCGUGCCUCUCUCAACCCUGAUUGACACCAACGACCCCCUUAUCUCUGCUCUCGACCCAGGCACGCUCUCUUAACCCCGAAGUCGACCCCCCAACAGGCUGCAACUCGAUGCACUUCUCCUUCCUAAUACAAGGUACAUAUGUUUGUCACUGUUGAAUGAGAAAUUGGCUCUAUGGGUGAUCAUUUUGUUGAAAGUUCAGAAGGUGAGGAUGAAAGCAAAAACGAUAAAAUGGCACAACUUGAUGAACUAGUUCAAGAACUGCAGAUUGGCAUGGUCUUUAGCACUAUAGAUGAGAUGCUGAAUUUUUACAGAAAAUUUGGGAAGCAAAAGGGUUUUUCAGUGAAGCGGAGAUCAUUGAAUAAAGAUAAAGAUGGGAUAAUAAAAUAUGUCACAUUUACAUGUGGACGAUCAGGCAAGUUGAAGAGUCAAUCAAACAAUGCCUUGGAGCCUCGUUCAUGUGUGAAGAUUGGUUGCAAUGCAAGGCUGUGUGGUCGAUUAUAUCUUGAUGGAAAAUAUGUAGUUAGUCAUUUUGAAGACGAGCACAAUCAUGGUUUGAGUCCAAGUAAAGCUAGGUUUUUUCGUUGUAAUCGUGAAAUAAGUUCGCAUGUUAAGAGGUAGCUUGAAAUAAAUGAUAUUGCUGGCAUUAGACCAAACAAAAGCCAUAAUGCACAAGUAAUUGGAGCUGGUGGACAUGAGAAUCUUCCCUUUCUUGAAAAAGAUACAAGAAACAUGAUUGCGAAAGUUAGACGAUUAAGGCUUGGUGAAGGAGAUGCGAAUGCAGUGCAAAGCUAUUUUUUGAAGAUGCAAUCACAGAAUGAAGGUUUCUUUUCAAUGAUUGAUUGGGAUGAGCAUGGUCGACUAAAAAAUGUAUUUUGGGCAGAUCCUAGGAGCAGGGCAGCAUGUAAGGAAUUUGGUGAUGUCAUUACGUUUGAUACUACAUACCUUACUAAUAAGUAUGAUAUGCCUUUCGCUCCAUUUGUUGGGGUUAAUCACCAUGGUCAAUCGAUACUACUAGGAUGUGGAUUAAUUUCUAAUGAAGACACAGUGACCUUUACAUGGUUGUUUCAGACAUGGCUUGCUUGUAUGAAUGGCGUUGCCCCUUUUGGAAUCAUCACUGACCAAGAUAGAGCAAUGAAGAACGCAAUUGCAAUUGUUUUUCCAAAUUCUAGGCACCGUUUAUGCUUAUGGCAUAUAAUGAAGAAGAUGCCGGAAAAGCUGGGUGCCUACAAUGAAUAUGAUUCAAUUUCUCUUUCCCUUGCAGAGGCUGUUUAUGACUCACAAAGUCAGCAACAAUUUGAAGAUUUGUGAAACUCGGUAAUUCGUAUCUAUAAUUUGGGCGGCAAUGCUUGGUUGGCGACAUUUUAUGAUGAUAGACACUUGUGGGUUCCAAUCUUCGUCAAGAACAAUUUUUGGGCGGGAAUGUCGACAACUCAACGGAGUGAAAGUAUGAAUGCUUUUUUUGAUGGAUAUGUGAACUCAAAAACCACUUUGAAACAAUUUGUUGAACAAUAUGAGAAUGCUUUGAGGAGUAAAGCUGAAAAAGAAUGUCAGGCGGAUUAUGAAUCUUUUUGCAAGCAGGUGGGUUGUGUUACUUUCUACGAUAUGGAGAAACAAAUUCAAGCAAUUUACACAACAACAAAGUUCAAAGAAUUUCAAUCUGAAAUAACUGGGAUGAUGUAUUGUAGGAUUAUUUCAGUUGAUCAGUAUGAUAUGGUAUCAGUGUUUACUGUAGCUGAGGAUAUUGUUUAUGGGGAGAGGGGGAGAAAAAGAGUAGCGUACAGGGUUUUAUAUUAUGCAGGCCAAUGUGAUGUGAAGUGUACAUGUUACAAGUUUGAGUUUAGGGGAAUUCAAUGUAGACAUGCCAUUUCAGUGUUAAUUCACAAUAACAUUAGUUUGCUUCCUGAAAAGUACAUCAUAAAGAGAUGGAGAAAAGAUGUCCGGAGAGUUCAUACACGGAUCAAAAUCAGUUAUGAUGGAUGGAUAACCACACCUGAGCAAUUGAGAUAUGAGACUAUGAUCAGUGCUUUUACUAAAGUGGCUGACUUGGCUACGGAUGACGAAGAUCAAUACAAAAAUGUCAUGACUUGGAUUGAAGGAGCAAACAGGAAUAUGUCAUUGCAAGUAUCUCCUCAUUUUGUAACUAAAAAUGUACCAUUCACCAAUGAUCCCAUCAUCAAAAGAGGAAAAGGACGUCCCCCCUGUACAAGGAAGAAACCGACAAUGAGAAGGAGAGGAAAAAGGACAGCAAAUCAAGAUGUCAACAACUUGAUGGAUGUUAAUACUCAAUCUUCACAAAGACAAACAAUAGUCAUUCUAACAGAGGUAAGGGGAACACAAGAGAGUCACGUAGGUUAUUCUAAUCAAGGACGAGAUGGUGGUUUUCUAUCUUUACUUAGAAAUGCAUCAGAGGUUGGUGAAACUUCAGGAAGUGGAGGGUAUCAGUCACUUGUGGAUGGAAUUGAUGAAGAUAUGUAGUUUGUUUAUCAACUACCUUUGUAUUUUUUGAGUAGUAACUUGUUUAUCAAUUACCUUGAUGAAGACAUGUAGCUUUUUUGAGUAGCUUGUUUAUCAGCUACCUUGAUGAAGACAUGUAGCUUUUUUGAGUUGUAUUUUUUUAGUUCAGUGGGGGUGAAAACAACGUUAUAUUGAAUAUGAUUGAAUUUGCAAAGUGACUUG